UAUAAACAUAAUGAUGGGGAUCACUGGGGAAUACAUUGGUUCGAAACCUACAGUUUUCAGGAGUCGAUUGUUUCAAAUCUAACAACAAAUAGCCAUGAGCUGCCGACGUUGCAUCAAAAUAGGCUUCUUGCAGAAAUUUUGGAUCUUCUGGAUAUAUUUGACGAGCCAAAUGGGCAAUUUGUGCACGAUCUCUGGGAUUUUUAAAUACGACGAUGUAAUUUGUAUUCAAUGAAAUGUCUCUCUGUCCUUUUCCUUGGUGGAAUAAAUUUUGAGAUAGAAAGAUUACACUGAGAUUUUUAUGAUGGCUUCCUUUUGUAAAUAAAUCAACUAUUGCACCAUUCGAAGAUUCCCGCAUUAAAUCGUCCACGACAACCAAUUUUGGCUUAUUAUCAUCAAAAUCUCCAGAUCUUGGUAGGCCUUCACGAAAUUCGACAAAAUUAUUAUCAUAAUCCGAAUAUCCAUUCUGCCACUCAGCGUAAUAAAAGAUCACUUUUUCAAUUUGUGUAUCGCACAUUUGCUUAAUUUCCUUCAAAAACCUUUUAACAAAAAAUGUUUUUCCACAACCCGUGGGACCACAAAUCAUUGCAGUAAAGGGAUGUUUCCACCUCGUGUCCAUAUUGCCUUCUGAUUAAUCAUGCCUAAAAUCUCAUCAUUUUAUACAAUUUUACGAUAUCCGAAAAUAUGGAUUUGAAAAUGCUAGAGAGGGGCGUGACGUAAUGCACCUGUAUUGGGGUCAAGUGGGCUUGCCUAUGACUAGGACAAGGACAAUGCGCGUAGGCGGGGGCAGGUAAAAAAGGCGAAGAAGUGCAGUAGCCCCCCUGUGGCGCCAACAGUAAAACCCCUGACUUUUCCCAAUAUAGCCCGAAUUUUCUCGCACUAACUGCAGUCGUCCAAGGGACAUUCACAAUGUCGGACCCAAACGAUUUAGCGGGGCCCAGUGACUCGUCCGAAGAAAAUACUACACCUCCACAGGGCGAUUUUGAUUGGAUAAAUAAUUUUGAUCUUGAGUUAUUCGGUGAUUUUGCCAUUGAAAAUAAUUUUGAUGGAGAUUUAUUCGAAAAUUUUAAUUCUGCGCUCUUUGAUAUUCAAUGUGGUGGUGGUGAAAAUGUUGUGAGUGACCCUAAGGCUUUGGAAGCUGUUGAAGAGUUUAAUCUAGAUUCACUAGAUCAGGAGAAUGAUCAACAAAAUGGCCGCGAAGAAGAGAUUGAAAAUCUAUUGCCGGCCUUAAGGACAAUACGACGAUCACGUCAGAGACUUCCACGUUUCAAACUCGACACACAUGUGAUGGAGUUUGCAAUCAACCCUUUACCUGAAAGUCGUGACCCUGCCGACUGGGUUGAAGAAGCUUUUCGUGAUGUCUAUAAUGAAAUUAUUGAGGCUGGAGGACGUGGUAUGAAUCGAAUGUGCCUUACAUUCAAUUUUGCAAAUAUGCAAAGAGACAAUGCCUGGAUAAGUCCACGUGCGAUCAACGGAUAUGAGUUUCAAGAUCUAUGGAAUCUUGUCAGCUUUAUCGCGCAGAGCGCAAACGGUUUCGGAUGUGCCGAUACGUUUUGGAUCAAACUUCACGUGGCUGAAGCCCCGGUAGGUCAAGGUUUUCUUGAAAACGACAUGAAAAGAGGGCUUAGUAAAAAAUGUAUCCUUCAUAUUUCGAAUGAGGAUGGCUUGUGCCUAGCCCGAUCACUUGUUGUGGCCAAAGCACAUGCAGAAAAAUUGAAAACCAGAGCGGAUAAGGGCCAGAUCCACGAGGUAUGGCAGGCCAUCCGGCAAUGCAAGGGAAGAAUGCAACGUGAGGAGGCCAAAAGACUAACUCAAAGGGCAGGAGUCAUUGCUCCUGACGAGGGCUGUGGCCUACAGGAAGUUGGUCAAUAUCUGUGA